AUGAAUACAAUACGGUCAUGGUUUCAAACUAAGAAAAAUGUAUCAUCAAUAUCAACGGGACGUUGGGAUUAUAUUGAAUCUUUAAUUUUUCAUCAGAAAACAAACGAGUUUAUAUCACAUCUACGACGAAAGGAGAAUCAAGAAUUCUGUGUCGACACAUUCUUUCGACUAUUACCGGUAAUACCUGACGAAAAAUACAUGAACAAUUUAUUUGAAUUAAUUUAUAAAAAGUCACGAUUCAAAUCUGAUCAAUUAUCAGCGAUUAUUGCUACUCAACUUUCACGUACAAUCCUUGAUAAAAACUUUGAACUCUGUGAAAGAAUUCUAAGUUUACCAAUUCAAUCAUUACAAAUCCCUUUAGGAACCUACGAAAUUACUAAAUUAAUGCAUACAUGUCCAGACAAAGAUCAACUAUUUAGAGUUUUAUCAAUUUUAAUUGAAAGAAAUCUUCUAUACGAUCCCGAAUAUCAUUCAUGGAUAUUGAUAAUUCUUUUUGAAUAUUAUAUGACUGGAGAUGACGUAACUAUUGAAUAUUUACUAGACGUUAGAAAAACUCCGAAUUUAUUAUUUUCAUUUUGCGGAGAUAAUAAUAUUACACCAUUAAUGCUGCUCUUUCAUUUGUAUUCGAAUAGUAAAUGCCAGGAAAUUAUCGAUAAUUAUUUAUCGAAUAUUGAUGAUCAACAUGUAUUACUUGAAUGCGAUAAAUGGAACCGUUCCUAUUUAAUUCAUCUAUUAUGUGGUAAAUGCGAACAUGGAUCGGACGCCAGUCACUAUUUGGAUGCAUUACCUAAUGAUAUUUCAGACAUGAAUAGAAAAAUUUUUGAUCAAUGUCCACAUGCUUCAACUAUGCUGUCCAGAUUCUCAAUGCUCUAUAAAUUAGGAAACAGAUUUGAUGCACCAAUUAAAACAAUUCUGGCAUCACAAUUUUGUCUUCCACUUCGCAUGGUUUUAUUUAAUUUUUUAUUUGAAAAUGAUCCAUUGGUUGAAAUUCAAUUAGAUGAAUUUUUCAAAUAUUUCCCUUCAGAAUCUGUCCCACUUUAUUGGAAUUAUCUCAAACAUAUAACUCAUAAGCAAAAUUUAAAUAAUAUUCUUUCAUCUUUACUGUUCAAUUGUAGUAUUCAGGCUAAAUCGAACGAAAACACGGUCGAAUUCCUAUUGAAACAGGGCGCUCGUAUCACUAAUACCGAUAAUAUAAAUAAUAGUAUCAUUCAUCUAAUUUUAUACAGUCGUUCAACGGUGCCAUUUAUGUUGCUUGAUCAUGGCAUAUAUGUUGAUGUAUCUUAUCAAACGUGUUCAAACAGCCGAAAUCAUAGAAUGUAUUUUUAUGUAUGUCGUGUUAUCCAAUGUGGUUAUCCGAGUGAAAUUCGAACAAAAUUCGAAGAGUUUAAAUCUUCUCAACCUGAAUAUAACAUAAAAUUAAUAAACAGCUUCAUUGAUUUAAAAAAUCCAACAUGUUUAUCCAGGUUAUGUUUUCAGAAAUUGCGAAAUUCAGCAAACGAUUUAAGUGAUGAAACAAUUGAAAAGCUUAAAUCUUAUAUGUCAUCGCGCCUUCUAAAAUCAGUAGUAGGUUAUGGACAUGAAGAAUCAAAAGAAUAUUAUAAAUGGAUUCUAUGUAAUGUAUGA